GGCGCUUCCGCAGGAAGAAGGAAGCGGCGCCGCCGUCGCCUCCCGGCGCUCCCUCCCCGCCUCCCAGGUCCGCCGGCCGCCACAAUGUCCGCCUCGGCUGUCUUCAUCCUCGACGUCAAGGGCAAGCCCCUGAUCAGCCGCAACUACAAGGGCGAUGUGGCCAUGAGUGAGAUUGAGAACUUCAUGCCUCUGCUCAUGCAGCGGGAGGAGGAGGGUGCCUUGGCCCCACUGCUGAGCCAUGGCCGGGUCCACUUUUUGUGGAUCAAACACAGCAACCUCUAUUUGGUAGCCACCACGCUGAAGAACGCCAACGCCUCCCUCGUGUACUCCUUCCUCUACAAGACGGUGGAGGUAUUCUCUGAAUACUUCAAGGAGCUGGAGGAGGAGAGCAUCCGAGACAACUUCGUCAUCGUCUACGAGCUGCUGGACGAGCUCAUGGACUUCGGCUUCCCCCAGACCACCGACAGCAAGAUCCUGCAGGAGUACAUCACACAGCAGGGCAACAAGCUGGAGACCGGCAAAUCUCGAGUGCCACCCACUGUCACCAAUGCUGUGUCCUGGCGCUCUGAGGGCAUCAAGUACAAGAAGAACGAGGUGUUCAUUGAUGUCAUAGAGUCUGUCAACCUGCUGGUGAGCCCCCCACACCUCUACCCCUCUCCUUCCAUGGCCUGGGGGCAGGAGAGGAGGCUCUAUGCCCGUGUACACCCCGUCCUGUGUCAUGUGCACCCUCAGGUCAAUGCCAACGGCAGCGUCCUGCUGAGCGAGAUCGUGGGCACCAUCAAGCUCAAGGUGUUUCUGUCGGGAAUGCCAGAGCUGCGGCUUGGCCUCAACGACCGUGUGCUCUUUGAGCUCACUGGCCGAAGCAAGAACAAGUCUGUGGAACUGGAAGACGUCAAAUUCCACCAGUGUGUGCGGCUGUCUCGCUUUGACAAUGACCGCACUAUCUCCUUCAUCCCACCCGACGGCGACUUUGAGCUCAUGUCCUACCGCCUCAGCACCCAGGUCAAGCCGUUGAUCUGGAUUGAGUCCGUCAUUGAGAAGUUCUCCCACAGCCGUGUGGAGAUCAUGGUCAAGGCAAAGGGGCAGUUUAAGAAGCAGUCGGUGGCCAACGGGGUGGAGAUAUCCGUGCCCGUGCCCAGUGAUGCCGACUCCCCACGCUUCAAGACCAGUGUAGGCAGUGCCAAGUACGUGCCCGAAAAGAAUGUCGUUAUUUGGAGUAUUAAGUCCUUCCCGGGGGGCAAGGAGUACCUGAUGCGCGCCCACUUUGGCCUCCCCAGCGUGGAGAAGGAGGAGGUGGAGGGCCGGCCCCCUAUUGGGGUCAAGUUUGAGAUCCCCUACUUCACUGUCUCCGGGAUCCAGGUCCGAUACAUGAAGAUCAUUGAGAAAAGCGGUUACCAGGCCCUGCCAUGGGUUCGCUACAUCACCCAGAGUGGCGAUUAUCAACUUCGUACGAGCUAGGAGAGAGAAGAGGUGGGGCCUAGACAUGGGGCCUUCCCUCUCCCCAGGCUGGGACUGUAGACUUCCUGGGAGGAAGAUGGGGGAUGUGUGUGAGGGAAGGCCCCUGACUUAGCCGUUUCUUGCUCCCAGCACCCGGCAUCCUCCCUGCCUUUCUCUCUACCCACAGGCUAGGAGGAACAGUCUCCCCACCUCCCUCUGCCUCCGGGCUCCCCACUCCUCCAAUUUUAUAUGAAGAAUAGAGGAGGGUCUUGAAGCCCCCCUCAUGAGUGCCUUCUUGCAGUGACCUGCCUUAGGGGUGUCGGGGCCCCUCCUUCACAGCUGCUGAGCCCAGAGGCCACCCUGGCCCACCCUGAGUUUUAGGAUGGUAUUAAAAAGAAUGAAUCUG